AUGGUCGUCCUACCUCGUGAUCUCUUACACAAUCUACAAAGCGGUAACCAGGAGGAAAAAACAACGGCCCCUAGUCCCCAGCAGGCCUUAAGUGGUCAAGGGGUGCCAAGAAUUCCUGGGAAGUAUGCAAUAGCGGAGGGAUGUUGCAGAAAAAUUCAGAAUGGCCCCUCUAUGGUACUUAGACUUGGAACGCUCAAUGUUGGAUCACUGACUGGCCGCAGCAUGGAAAUCGCAGAAAUGCUCGAGCGUAGAAGGAUUGACAUCUGCUGCCUUCAGGAAACCCGAUGGAAAUCGAAUGGUGUCUGUCAUGUCAACUCAGACAAAGAAAAAUAA